AUGCAUGAAUUGGGACACAUAAUCGGAUUGCAUCAUGAACAGAAGCGUCCAGAUCGUGAUGAGUAUGUUAGGGUCAAUAUGGACAAUGUAAAGACUGAAAACGGUACUGGACAUAAUUUCGAAAAAUUAUCACCUGAAGAUGCGAUUACGCUUAAUCAGACAUAUGAUUUCAAUUCGAUAAUGCAUUAUCGCACGAAUGCAUUUGCACGUGACCGAUCUAAACAAACCAUAACUCCUUCAAAAGCUGAAGAUAUUCAAAUCGAAGAAAUUGGCAGACAAGAACGAUUAAGUGAAAUUGAUAUUAGUGGUGUGAAUCGGCUCUACAAUUGUUCUGAUUGUAGAAAAUUACUUGAGGGUGAUCAUGGAACAUUCAAUAUAACCAAUGAUUUAAAUACUUCAUCCAGUUCAACAAAACAUUCGAAUCUCUGUGGACAAGGCGGUUGGGAGGAAGUAGGUUCUCGAACAAGCCAAUUGCUCAUUACGUACCACACAAAUACUUUUAACAGUAAAUACUUUGGCUUCAACGGAAACUUCAGGAAACAUUGUGGAGGUCAGAUAGAUAUGGUAGAUGGGAAAGAAUAUUAUUUAGAAUCUCCAGGCUUUCCAUAUGAGUAUACAGCUAACAAAUGGUGCGCCUGGUAUCUAGUUGUGCCUUUUCACAAACGAAUUACUUUAAAAUUUGAUUAUUUUCAACUUGAGGCAUCUGAAAACUGUGAGAAUAAUUACGUCGAGAUUCGAAAUGGUGAUUUUUCUUAUUCACCGCUCAUUGGGAAAUAUUGCAAUAAUACCAGCCCAGGAGAGAUUUGGUCUAAAGCAUAUUCCUUAUAUGUUGAAUUUACUAGCAAUAAUCAAAUUCAAGAUAAUGGGUUCUCUGCUUAUGCGACCUUACGCAAACCAUAUGUAGUAUCGGAUUAUGAUAGGAUAAGAUCGGCUGACCUAUUUUAA